AUGGUCGCGGAGAUCGUGAGUGGACUGGAAUACUCAAAGAAAGUUCUCCAAGACGUCGGAGAGAAAAUCGCCAAGACCCGAGAGCACCAUCCAAACUUUCACGCAGUGUUGGCUAUUGUUCAGGUUUGUGAUUGAUAAGAUAAGAACUCAUCGAGUCGUUUUGUUUUGUUUUUAGUAUUAGAAACACACCGAUUGAGAAAGAAUGAGGGAAAACAAGAAAAAUUAUUGCAGGUUGGCAACCGCUCGGAUUCAAAUGUGUACAUCAACGCGAAACUGAAAAAGGCAAAGGAAAUUGGUGCAGAUGGAAAACUGAUCAAGCUCCCGGAUACGAUCACUCAAGGAGAUCUGAAACGAGAGAUCAUGGCGCUGAACCACGACAACGAAAUUGACGGAAUCAUAAUUCAGGUACGGUUGAUAGCCUGUUUUGAACAGAUUUAUCGGAGGCCGGACCGAUGACGUUAUGAACACCGUUACGGAUUAUAGUCAUAGUUGCAACGGACCGGGUUGAGACGGGCCGGCACAUGGGUUUUCGUCGAAAUGUUUUUGAAGCACACAUAUUUCGCUAACAGGAAAUAAUGAUUCCGAGUAAAAAAUCUGAAAAAUUGAUAGAAUGUAUUUUUUUCAGCUCCCGCUCGAUUGCAAGCACGAAAUCGAUGCUGACUCCGUAAUCGACCUCAUCGAUCCUCUGAAAGACGUGGACGGACUGACGCGUAUCAAUGCCGGACGUCUGGCUCGUGGAGAGCUCCAGCGCACCAUCUUCCCGUGCACUCCGUUCGGAUGUCUCUACUUGGUCCAACAAGCAACUGAAAACGCCAAUUUCGUCUCCGGAAAAGAAGUCGUUGUGCUCGGACGAUCCAAAAUUGUCGGAUCCCCAGCUGCCGCUCUUUUCCUUUGGCACCAUGGAACAGUGACAAUUUGCCAUUCGAAGACUCCGAACCUUAAGGAGAAGUGCCUUCGCGCCGACAUUCUGAUCGUUGCCAUUGGUCGCAAGCACUUUGUGAAAGGUUCGUUGGCCCAAAUGUAUCUGCCCCUCCUCCCAAACUAAUUUUUGAAAUUCGAAUUUGGAAGUGAGAGGAAGAGAGAGAUGGUUAAGAGUUUGACUUCUUGCAUAGCAAUAAUGUCAAAGAGAGGAAGAGGGAGCUGACUUCUUGCAUAACAACAACGUCAGGGGAAGGAAGAGAGCUGACUUCUUGCAUAGCAAUAAUGUCGGAGAGAGGAAGAGAGAGACACUCAAGCGAAAAAAGUUUCGAGAUAGACAUAAUUACCGUUGUACUCGGUUUAUAUAGGGAUAGUCUGAAUCACGCCCACUCGGCCACUUCUCAACUGUGCUUCACCGCCACCACGCCCCUUUAGGUGAUGAUCACAAAAGUGGAGGAUGCGGGACGGGACCGCAAAAAUUUCAAAUAGUGCAGAUGUACUAUGGUACUAUAGUACAUCCAUUAAACAUGUAUCAAACAUUGCUCAGUCAGUUAGAAUUAGAAUUAGAACCGUGUUUUCCAGCCGAUUGGAUCAAGCCGGGCGCGUUCGUUAUCGACUGCGGAAUCAACGUCGGCGAGGACCCGACAUCGCGCAAGAUCUACGGUGACGUUGACACUGAAGCCGCUAAGGAAGUCGCCGGCUACCUUACUCCAGUUCCGGGAGGUGUUGGGCCAAUGACCGUCGCCAUGUUGAUCCGAAACACUUACGAGCAAGCCAAGCGACGGCGUCUUGCCAAGACGGUAAGUAAGAGCUUUGGAAAUUCGUUCUUUUGACAAUUCACUUGUUUGCUGUUUGUGUGAGAAUGUAAGUAUCAGCUAUUCUCGGCGUGAUUAGCUCAAAGAACCAUUACCGACAUUAUUUGCGGUUAUGCUUUUGUUUUUAUUUCAGGACCAGGACGAGGACGAAUGA